AUGAUAUUCAAGGACUUGCCGCGUGCUCCUCCUUUCUCCUCUCGAACGCUUCUCAGCCGUAUCGAUGCAGAUUUUGAUCGCUGUCGGACCCAGUUGAUCGAUGAACUCGCACGGACAUGCUCCACAAUUGCGCUUUCCUUGGAUGUCUGGACAAGCGAGAACAAUAAAGCUAUUUUGGGAGUUACCGGUCACUGGGUGUCCACCGACUUCAAACAUCAAGAACGAGUCCUGGAGUUCAGCGAGCUUCCUGGAUCCCCCAGUGGAGAAAAUGUGGCGGAGACUCUUCAGAAGAUGCUUGUCGAGCUUCGGAUUGAGGAGAAGCUGCUCACAAUCACAGCUGAUAAUGCGUCGAUCAAUGAAACGCUGGCGUCUGCGCUGUAUUUGAAUCUGUCGAAAAAGUACAACUCGGUGGAUUCCAACUCGUCCGAUAAAGGACGUCUCCGAUUUCAAGGCAUCGACAGCUACAUCCGGUGUCUUGCAAAUGUCCUCAAUCUCCUUGUCCGCGACAUCCUCUCGGGGAUGAAAUCUAGGAAUCACACGUCUGCCGUCGAAGCCUCUGAUCUCUUGCAGGGAAAUGAGAAAAUCGGACGGCAGUCCGCAUUGGCCCGGAUUCGGAUGAUGACUUUCUGGAUACUGAAGACACCUCAACGACGACGGCAGUGGAAAGCGACUUGCCAAGCAAAUGGCUUGAACGACAAAUUCAUCGAGUGCGACGUCGAAACCCGCUGGAACUCCACAUACCGUAUGGUCCAGGGAGCCCUGCAAGCAAAAGCACAGAUCGAGAAGUGGAUCGAGCAUCAGAACCAGUUUUCGCCAUUUUCAGCUAACGACUGGUUGCAGCUGCAACAGCUCGGGAAGAUCCUCUCCAAGUUCGAUGAAUUCACUCAACUGGUUUCCCGACGGCAAUCCCUGAUCCGCCUAGUCAUUCCCAUCUAUUAUGAACUGAAUGAGAUGCUCGGAGAUGCAGCUUCUGCACGAGGCGACUUUUCGGGGCUUAGCCCUGACGUUACCUCCGCCAUCUCCGCGGGGAUGAAGAAAUACACGAAAUAUUAUGAACUGAUGGACGCCCAAGAUGCUUAUUAUAUAGCUCUUGUCCUUGACCCACGCCUCAAAGCGCUCUUGUUGGAUAAGGAGCUCGGGCCGGUGGCAGCGGCAAAGGUCAUUCGAUCCAUCAAGGAUACCUUGCAUAAGCAAUACCCAUCGAAAUCACUGGAGCAAUCACGGUCAAAGAUUAAUCAGGACAACAAGUGGCAAAGUCUUGAGGAACGUAUCCUGCAGAAGUACAUGAUCCAGCAUUCAGAUAUUGACCGCUACUUUGAGGAAGAUGCGGUGACUCUUGAUAGAUCUGUAACAAAGGAUGAAGGUUGGUUAUUGGCCUGGUGGAGGACGCACAGUGAUGAGUAUCCGCGGAUGGCAGCUGCAGCCAGGGAUUACCUUGCCAUUCCGGUGGCUGGGGUCGCAGUAGAGAGACUGUUCAGCCGUGCUAAGGAUCUGUCAGCGAUACGUCAACGUUCUCUGAGGGGCGAGACAAUGCGGAAAGUGAUGCUGUUGGAAGAUGUAUAUAAUUUCGAGACCAGCGAGUGA